AUGGCUUCUGAAUCAGAGGAUGAUAUUAUGGACGCCGGUGUGGAUGAUGGCGAUGACGAUCUGUUCGGUGACGAUGAUGACGCGCCAGCAGAUAAGGUACGAGAACUGAGCGAUCGCGAGCUUGACUCUGGAGACGACGAGGACCGCAGAGAUAGGGCGCCACGAGAGGACGAGGAUGUGGACAUCAAUGAUAGCAGAGAAGCACGCAUAAUGGAAACCACCUUGUGGAGACAUCCAGUGCCUACACCUGCUGAUGGGGAGUUGAAUGUCUUGCGAAUGCCAUCGUUCAUGGGAAUUGACCCACGCGCCUUCAACCCUGAUACAUUCCAGCCUCCCGUCUUUGAUCAUCAUGCGGAAACCAGAUCUUCCAACUUCCUCGCAAGUGCGGUGUCAGCUUCCACGAUACGAUACCGCACUAACCCAGCGACGGGAAAGCUGGAGAGCAAUGCCAACCUGUACAAAUGGAGUGAUGGAACUACGACUAUCUCAAUUGGCGACCAGCACUACGAGCUACAGACAAAAUCACUAGCGCCUCCCAAGCAUGUGAAGCCAUAUCAAGAAGUGACCGAUUCCCAUGCAUACCUCGCUUCGCCCUCAAUUGCUUCUGCUAUGUUGGUUAUGGUGGGCCAUAUGACGAACCAUCACACUGUCAGACCCAAUAAAGAUAUACAAGACGAUGCUCUUGAGAAAUUGCAGAAAAAUUUGGCUGCCGCGACUCGAGGUGGUAGAAAGGAGGAUAGGAACGGACCGGAACUCAUCUCCAACACAGAAGAUCCCGAACUGCAGAAGAAGAAGGCGGAGAUUGCCGAGAAGGAACGAAUGAGAGCACAGCGUCGUCGCGAGACAGCUGCUGAGAAGGCAAACCAUCCCAGAGGCGGCAUGGGUACCCGUGGUGGUUUGAAUAUUGACGAUUUGGAAGGUCGUGCUGGACGAAGAGCGCCUGGCGCUGGUCGUAAAGCCCCCAAGCCUCGUCGUAGAAGACCCGACUACGACUCAGACGAUGAUCUUCCACGUGGUCGCAAUAGGGAAGACGAGUAUGACAAGGAUGAUGGUUUCCUCGCUUCUAGCGAUGAAGAAAUGGAAGAGGGCGAAGACGAUGAGGAAGAGGAAGAGAUACUUGAUGAUGAGAGCGACCGCGACGAGCAUCGGUCAAAGAAGCAGAAGACAUCUAAAUCGAAGCCAGAGGAAGUCAGUGAUGCGGAUGCGGAUGCAGAGGCUGAUCUUGACGAUGAUGAAGCACCCGUAUCAGCCGCUACAGAACCGGUCAACAGGGGCAGGAAGCGAAACAUCAUCGAGGAUGAUGAUGAUGAGUAG